CAACUCUAGCAGACGUUUGUUUUCAAAACAAGUCGAUUAACGAGUAGAAAAUUAUUUUUGAUUCUUUAAGUUUGUAUUUGCCAUUUGGUUGCUGCUAAAGAUUUUAUACUUUUAUUGCACGAAUAUCGAGGUCAGUUUAAAUAUGAACGACUGUCCCUGUAUGUGAUGCAAUUCUAACCAUGAGUCGGGUGAUUAUAAGCCAAGCUCGAAGGUUUACCUUGGAAGCUAAAAAUCAAUUUCGCCCCCACGCAAAAGUAAAUACUAUCAAGUUAGGUUCGUCGGAAUUAAUUCGUCAUUAUUCUUCUUCAAUUGAUUCACAACUCCAUGAUGAAGGAUUUGCCAAACUUAAGAAGAAGUCUCCCAAGAUGAUUACAUUUAAAGAUAAAAUUGAAAAGCAUGACUUGGAUGCAAAAUUAAACAAUAUAAAGAAAUGGCUUUCUAAGGGCCAUUUUGUUAAAGCAUCCAUCUCAAAUGUUUCAAAAGAUGAGAAAAAAGUGGAACAAAUGUAUAAUGACUUGAUGAAGGAACUUGCAAAAGAAGGCAAAUUCAAAAUGUUUAAAACUAGCAGCAGAGAAACUAAAUUCAGCAUAGAACCAAUAGAGAAUAUUGAAACUGAUGAGCAAAAGAACAUAACAUAACAUGGCUAAAUAUUUCCUUUGAUCCUAGUUUGAGUUACAAUACAAGUGGAAAGAAAUUGUCACAUUGA